AUGGCGACAACGUCAGGUAGUUCCCAUCACGACGACGCCGUGAUCAACAUGCAAACCGUCUCGACCUUCCGAGAAGCUUCGUCAGUCACCGUGGUGCUUCUACCGCCACGCCUGCCGGACCCGCUGAAAUCACCACCGCACGCAGAGGCUGUAGACGAACAGGAGCGGGCCCGCCGCGGUCCCGAGAGCAAGGAGCGCACCGCGGAGUGUUCAGUGAGCAUCCCGGCGGCUCGAGAGCCCACACCCGCCGCGGCCCGCGCCGCUGCUGCGGGCGACCCCGCCUAUUGCUAUCCGCAGCGCGACUCGGCAUGGGCCGCGGCCCUCGCGGCGUGCAUCGCGCUGCUGAUCGUCCACGAGCUCAUCUCGCCGCUCUUCGCGCUCCAAUGGCCGUUCCUCUUCUCCCUCGCCUUCUUCCUCCUUUGCGCCGUCUCCGCGUUCGUCCUCUCCCUGUCCCCUUCCUGCUUCGCGCUCCGUCGACUUUCCAGUAACUUCACCCCUUGCGCCGUGAAUGUGGCAUGCAUCCUCAGCAGCAUCAUACUUUUCGGCUGUUGGGGGGUUGGAGUAUCCUACAUGUUCUUUACAUAUGACCCUGCGCCGAUCGCAUACCUAAUUUACUCCGCUGAGUCGGCCGUAUGCAUAUUACUGCUGCUUCUCACCAUCCUCCCCUUUCUCACCUUACAUCAGCACCUCGAUACUGUCACAUCCAUUAUCGGUCGUGCUAUUGGGCUGGCGCUUUCAUUCGAUACUAACGUCCUCACUACAAUCGCAUUGCAAGGGGUGCUAUCCAUCGUGAUUCUCACACCCAUCAUGCAAGCGAGCUCUGACUUUAUCAGCUGCGUUAGCAUGUUACGUGGAUGGCAGGCUGGUUACACCAACCCGUUACGCCUCAAUCUUCUCCAUCGUCAUGGUUUUCAUCGCCAUCUGGAUUGUGCUCACUGUAGUCACAUCCACUCUAUUGACCAUCGCAACACGGUUUGGGAUAGUGUGCGCUGCUGCUGA